CUCCCUCUCCUCAACGAACACGACAACGUUCUCUCCUUCUGAUCUCGCCCACGCUCCUCUUUCACCCUCUCAUUGGAUUCGCCCGACCUACCACUUCCCGUCCACACGCCUCGCACGCCGGGAUGAGGCUCGCCACCUUUGCAGCUGGUGUCGCAGCCUUGGCGGCCGCCUCGGCCUCUGCUGCUGACCCCAGCCCACUCGCCCGCGCUGCGCCAGCCGUACCACGCAACCACAAGCUGGCCAGCAGGCAACGACAGCAACGCAGCAAUGACUUCGAUGUUGCCGAGCGCAGCGACGCCUUUGACGCCGCCGUACACCCUCUGGCACGCCGCGACGCCUCCCCCCUCGUCGUCACCAUCAACAAUUUCCAAAACUAUACCCCAGACCAAAAUGCAGUUGGCAUCGCCAUGCAGGCAAUGUCUGACCCUGUAGGCGCAGCAAGAGCAGCCGACGCCAUGCCUUUCAUCUCUAACAACAACACAGCAGGCUACAUCGGCACAGGCAUCAUCUCGUCCGACUCAGAUGAAGGCAACAACUACAUCUGGACGCAGCAGUACCCCUUUGUCGCAAAUGCAGACGCACAGGGAAGUCCAGACACUGGUUGGAAUGCCCUACCUGAUCUCCAGGGCUUCACGCUCAACCGCACCAUCGAGAUUCGUAAUGGCGCCAUCCAGCCCGUCUACAUGACAGCCAACUACGAUGCGCAGGCAAUCAAGCGAGGCAUCGUCGUCUUCCCCGGUAAGCCGCGUGACAGUUGGAAGUAUACCAAUCUCGUCCGCAAUGCUCUCACCGUCCAGAAUGGCCUCUUCCCCGAGUGGGGGGUCACGCCCGAGUCGGUCCUGAUCAUGGGCCCAGCUUGGCUCAACCAGGAAGACCAGACGGCAGGCGCAGUUCAGCCCAACGAGCUCGUCUUCCACGGCACGCAAUGGCAGUCGGGUGGUCACUCUUCGUUCCCCAAUCUCACAAGCUCCAUCACCACGUACGAGGCCGUCGACAAGUUCGUCGACAUUCUCUUUGACAAGAAUCAGUUCCCCAACCUCAACCAGGUCGUCGUCGUGGGCCAUUCGAUGGGAGGGCAAAUGGUGCAGCGUUAUGCUCUCCUCAAGAAGACGAAGAAGUACGACCAGAACAUGCAAUUCUGGGCGGGCAACCCGGGAUCAUACGCGUGGUUGACCGACGACAGGCCGUACCAGAAUGCCUCGUGCGUCGACCCGCUCGAGUGGCACUACGGUAUCGGCGGAAAUCAGACCAAGAUCACCAAAUACGCUCGCGACGACGUCAUCACGAACCGUCAAGCCGUCGUGGACCGCUUCCUCGCGCGCAAGAUGCACUACGCUCUCGGUCUCCUCGACAACGGAGCAGGAGACACGCACUGCGAGGCCGGCGUGCAAGGUGGGAACCAUUUGGACCGCGGAUCCCAAUUCGCCAUCCAGCUCUCUGGCAUCCCCUCGGCCAACGGCUGGCCAAAGAACCACACGCUCGACUACGUCGUGGGCGUCUCACACCAGGACUACGCCAUGAUGAGCAGCAAUGCGAGCCUGCAGCGCAUCUUCUACGACAACUUCAACGACCGAUUCCCCAACUUGAAGAACACGACCAAUCCGGGCGAUCAGCUGACGCCCAAGCCCAAGGCCUUCGCCACGCCGCUGCACACCAUUGUGGCUGCGGCGUUAUUGGGCGGGUCGGUGGGUGGUGUCAUUCUCGCAUUUGCGAUGCUGCCUUUCCUCUUUGGCGCGAACACGAGCUGGCAGGAGCAGGAGAGAUGGAGGCAGGAGGAGGCCAAGCAGCCCAUGUGAUCGCGCCAUGUGAUCGCGCUGUGUGGUCGCGCGGGGAGCUCGACGUAGCAUCUUGACAAAUAGCCUUCACCCCCACCUUUCCUUCCCUUGGACGCUUCACAUCUACCCGCCUGUCUUGCCCAAUGGACUCUCAUCCAGACCCCUCUAUCUCCUCCUCCUCCCAUCUCCCUCUUCGUCUCGCCACGGCGCGGCCGUCUCUUGUCCUGGUGAUGGGCAACGUGCUCGCAGCCGCCUUGUCUCUUAGAACUCUC